CUGAAUUUUCUUUGCACAACUCAUGGAGGUGAUCGCGCAUAAACCAAAAACUAUAUAGCCGCCUUGAAACUAUAUAUAAACCCCUCAAAUGUAUGUCCACAAAACCACAUCAAUGCAAUCCCAUAAAAACUCCUAAUACUUGCUUAAGCAUAUAACUCUAAGUCAGCAGCAUGAGCUUCCCCAAAAGCCUUACCAUUUUAUUCCCUCUCCUCUUCACCCUAUUGAUCCCCUUCACCAAUGCAGCUACCUUUGCUGUCCUAAACAAAUGUACCUACACGGUUUGGGCCGCUGCCUCACCCGGUGGGGGUAUGCGUCUUGACCCGGGCCAGUCUUGGACCGUCAAUGUGAACCCGGGUACAACCCAAGCUCGCAUUUGGGGCCGGACCAACUGCAACUUCGAUGCCAAUGGCAAUGGCCAAUGUCAGACCGGGGACUGCAAUGGGCUCCUCCAGUGCCAAGGCUACGGUAAGGCCCCAAAUACCCUAGCUGAAUUCGCGUUGAACCAGCCCAAUAACUUGGACUUUGUCGACAUAUCCAACGUUGAUGGAUUCAAUAUUCCAAUGGACUUUAGCCCCACCACUGCGGUCUGCAAGUCACUCCGGUGCGCAGCUAACAUAGUUGGCGAGUGCCCAGCCGAGUUGCAGACCCCGGGUGGGUGCAACAACCCAUGUACCGUUUACAAGACCAAUCAAUAUUGUUGCACUGAUGGGCCUGGGACCUGUGGGCCUACACCUUUGUCCAAGUUCUUCAGCAGUGGGGGAGGUGGUGCUUGUGACAACAAUAACAAUGGUGAUGAACAUGAUGAUAGUAGUGGUGGUGGUGGUAGCGGCAGCGGUAGCGGCGGCGACAGCGGCGGCAUGAUAAUGAUGUUGGUUAUAGUGGUGACGGUGAUGAUAACGGUGACGGAGGCAUGGUGGCAAUGGUGGUGGUGGUGA